AACCACUUUACGGCAUAAGAUCGAUUUACGUUAGCACUUCCCAUGUGCGGAAACUGUUUACAGAUUUCGUCAUUUGUCACAUAUGUUUAUGUCAGUAAGAGAUGAUUACAAUUACAUGUAUAUGCGAAUAAGUAUCUGGAUCUCAGAGAGAGAAAAGUACAUCCUCAUUUGAUUGAGAUACGCCAACAUAAGAAGGAUGGAAUUUCAGCCGGUAGUAAUGGCAGCCGGGUCAGGGUCCAGGAUGACGGACCUGACCACCCGGUGUCCGAAGGCUCUCCUCCCAGUAGGGAACUUCCCCUUGGUCUGGUACCCAGUCAACAUGCUGGAGAGGGCAGGUUUUGAAGAAGCGAUCAUAAUCGUCUUAGAAUCAUUUGCGGGCGAUGCCCAAAAGGCCUUGUGUGAUGUGUGUGAUGUCAAAAUGAGGCUAGACUUCGUCAGCAUCCCCGACAAUGACUACAUGGGCACAGCGGAUUCCCUCCGCUUCAUCAAAGAUAAAAUCAAAACGGAUGUGUUGAUUGUUAGUUGUGACCUCAUCUCCGACAUCAGUCUCCACCAGGUGGCCAAUGUUCACCGAGCGUAUGACUCCUCCCUCACCAUGUUGUUAUCUCCCCUUCCGGAGCAGUAUGCCGAGGUCGCGGUGCCGGGCAUCAAGUCCAAGAGGAAGAGAGAGAGGGAUUUUAUUGGCUUGGAUGAGAAUGGGAAGCGGGUUCUGUUCUACACCUCUGAAGUCGACCUUGAGGAAACUGUCAAUUUUAGGAAGUCUGUUUUAAAAAAACACCCGUGCAUCAGUAUACGUUCCAAGUUGACCGACUGCCAUUUGUAUAUAUUGAAGAAAUGGGUUGUGGACUUCCUGGCAGAAAACACCAAAAUCUCAACAAUAAAGAGUGAACUCCUGCCUUACUUGAUCAAGCGCCAGUUUACCAAACCAAAGCCUCCUGACACAGAUCUCCACAACACCAACAUGUCACUUGUCUCCAUGGAUACCAAGACAGAUGUCCAUGGCUACAGAAAGGGUGACGAGAUGACCACACUGAUCGAGGAACUCUCCACAUGGAUUGACCAUGAUGGCGACAUGGCUGACUGUUUCCAUGGUGAAGACAUCCGGUGUUAUGCUUACAUACAGGAUAAGGGUUUCUGUGUGCGAGCCAACACACUAGCCACGUACUGUGAAGCUAACAGACAGAUUCCCAGGCUGCUGAGUGUGCUAGCCCCGUCCAGGGAGAUUAGCAGUGUACAUCCUUCAGCAACUAUCAAAGAAAAGUCACAGGUUGGAUCCGACUGUCUUGUCAGUGAGGGAGUGAUGGUUGGAGAGCGGUCAUCCAUCAAGCGGUCAGUCGUCGGCCCACAUUGUACAAUAGGUGACAAGGUCAAGGUCACGAACUGCAUCAUCAUGGAUCAUGUGACCAUUCAGGAGGGGUCCAACCUCCAGGGCAGCAUCGUGUGUGGACAGGCUCAUAUCUCUGAAAAGUGCGAACUUAAAGAUUGCAUCGUAGGUCACUCUCAGAACAUCAUUGCCAUGGGCAAGUUCACGAAUGAAGCCAUCAUUGAUGUGGACCGCAUGAUGGAGAUCUGAAUACUAUGUGAUAUAUUGGAUGUACAGAUUGCUAUUUUGGCUUUUGAUAAAUAUGUCCUCAUUCUACCAAUAAGAUUGGUAGUGACUGCUCGACGUUUUACUGUACUUGGCCUCAACCUUAAGAUUGAUAUUCAGCUCAAUAAUAUAUGGUAACCUGGUCUAAACAGUGCCCCAAGAAAUAUAUAACACUGUGUUGUACAAGUACUGGACUGAAGACCUUCCUAGCGGACUUCUAGUAAUCUGCUAUGAUACUGGACUGGACAACCAGUGCUAUUGCUGCAGACAUCACAUGAUAAUCUAUGAUAAUUUUCCCCAAGUCCAUACUUGGUGAGUGAGUGAAUGUUUUGCAUCAGUCAGCAAUAUUCAUGCAUUAUCACUGAAGCCUAAAUAUUAAAACUCUUGGCCUAGCAGAACUGGCAUGGGCAGCGAUACAUUCAGUUUAGGGGUAUAAUGACACACAAUCAGCCAGGUCAUACUGGGACAGUCCAAUCUUCAUAGAAAUUAUCAAGUUUUUACAUAACGCAUGGGACAGUGGGACCGCUUCUAUUAACAUGGUGACCUACAUUUCCUUCGACUAUGGUGCAGUCGUGAUGCACCCAGACUGCAGGAAUCUUGCAGUUUUCUACAUCAUUGCAUUGAGCGGGGCAGAGCCUGUUUAAGAAUUCUCCAAAAUGUAUAGGUUUGUUUUCACCUUGGAGUCAAUGAUGAGGUCAAUAUACAAAAGCAAGUCAUUCAGUAUUGUUGUUGACACCAACAUGUCCGUGUGUCUUUUGUCCAUCCUGGGCGGUCGGGUAGCCUAGUGGUUAAAGCGUUCGCUCGUCACGCCGAAGACCCGGGUUCGAUUCCCGACAUGGGUACAAUGUGUGAAGCCCAUUUCUGGUGUCCCCCGCCGUGAUAUUGCUGGAAUAUUGCUAAAAGCGGCGUAAAACCAUACUCACUCACUCACUCAAUUUUGUCCAUCCUGGACCUUUUGCCUCGUUGGGGCAGGUGGACACUCCAUUGGAAGAGACAGGAACAUCAUAUUGCAUCAAUGAUGGAAACUUGUCUCAUUGCAAGUGACUAAGUGUUGUGUCUCUGUGAACUGUAUGUAUGACAAACUACUUGAUAUAUUUAGUUUUGGGUCACUGAGUGAAACAUAUACCUUUGAAAUUAGAUCAAGACAGCAACACUCUUUUACAAUAUUCUUUCUACUGUUACCUGAAACCGGUUUACUUCAGUUUUUGUUCAGAUGAACCAAUCAACACGAGUCAGUGGCCAUUUGUAUAAUUAAACAAAUCAGUGCUGA